AUGGCUGCUUCUCGAAUGUGGCAGAUCAGGAAGACUCAUAGAAUCACCAUCACUAACUUCUGUCUUGGAAAGCAUCUAGUUAGUGAGGAUGAUUUACUGAAAGAUCAGCGGGGGAGCCCUGCCUACAUUAGCCCUGAUGUUCUGAGUGGCCGACCGUACAGGGGCAAACCCAGUGACAUGUGGGCACUUGGCGUAGUGCUCUUCACCAUGCUUUAUGGGCAGUUUCCAUUUUAUGACAGCAUACCUCAAGAGCUUUUCAGGAAAAUAAAAGCGGCUGAAUAUACCAUCCCAGAGGAUUGCCGUGUAUCAGAAAACACAGUUUGUUUGAUUCGAAAGUUGUUACUUCUGGACCCUCAGCAAAGGCUGACAGCAACCGAAGUGCUAGAUUCACUGAGCUCCAUCAUAGCUACAUGGCAAUCUCUUUCGUCACUUCAUGGCCCUUUACAGGUGGUGCCAGAUAUUGAUGACCAAGUCAACAAUUCAGAAAUCCUACAGGAGGCAAAAGUCACAGAAGAGUCCUCCCAAUAUGAAUUUGAAAACUACAUGCGGCAGCAGCUGAUGCUGGCUGAGGGAAACACUAUGCAUGAGGUGAAGAGUUUUGCACACAAGCGACAGUUCAGCAACAUCCCACCAGUGCGACGACUGGGCCACGAUGCUCAGCCCAUAAAUCCCCUCGAUGCAGCAAUCCUUGCUCAGCGUUACUUGCGGAAAUGACAGCUGGACACAGCAUCUGAAGCUCCACAAGCCAAGUUCACAGCACAGUAAUACUCAUCAUGCCACGUAGUACCAAUCCUGAGCAAUACAGUAUUCUGUGACCAAUAUGUAGCAUUGGAUGGAAUCUCUUCGAAAGGAUAACUGUUAUUUUAAGAGAUGACUGAAGAUGGCUUUUUUUAUAUAUCAAUAUAAAGAAAGGACAGUAUUGCAACAUCGUCUGGGGCGGUAGUAGAUGUUUAGUUUUUACUUUAUAUAAUCUACCUCUUUCUUCAUUUAACCAAGACAUUCUCAGAACUAUAGACUGAGCUAAGUUUUUCGUCCUAUGUUGUGAUUCUGAAAAGAACUUGUACUGCAAGAGAUUUUGAGAGCAUUAAGAAUUGGGUGUGUUCAUUCGCUGUGGAGUCCCUUUUGCCUGCAUUACCCGCUGAAUAAUAGAGUAAAAUGUAGCUUGUUGGGGUUUUUCUUCCCCCUUUUGUGAAACAGAUUUUCGAGAAGAAUUCAGUGUGGUACAAAAUGCCCAACAAAGGAAAAUGUGAAGGAAAGAAAAAUCAGUUGAUUCGCAGAUAUGUUGUUUUUACUGCGCUUAACAGCAAAGAUCAUGUUAGUUGGCUUGUCCCAUGUUUUUCUAGUCACUUUUAUUUUGGGAAUUUGAAAGCUGUCAGCUUGGAGGUUGAAUUUUUUAAAAAAAAAUUUCAUGACAUACUUCAGCAGUUGUUUGUGAUCCAGAGCCACUGGAAUUUGUCAAGUUCAUUGAGCUGCAGAAACUGUUAGAACACUAAAGAACAGUUGGGUGUGUCAUUUCUUUUAUUUUACAAGCUCAGGGAGAACAUUCAGCAUUGCCGCUAGGAUUUCACGAAAGCAUUGAGCGUGAGAGAUUCCCACACAACCACACGUGGUGCUUUAGCACCCAGUAGUGGUUUUGCCCUUUCAUACAUCUCUUGAGUGGAUAUAGUCUUCGAACUUCUAAAAGGCUGGUGGUAGGAGGUCUCUGUGGUGGGAGUGAUUUUGAGAUGAAUUGGCUGUCUCAUAGUCGAAUGGAUGGACAGAAGUGUAGUUUGGUUUAAUAUCAGUAGACCUGGUGACAACUUGACAUUGUUGCAAUUCUGAUUAUUCGUUGAGUCCCUUCAGUUUUGGUUUCACUGCACUAAGUGCACGGGGUUUGUAACUGUAAAAUGUUCAUCACCUGCAAAAGUGGCCAACUGGACAAUGAUGAGGCAAGUCUUUAUUUUACUGUGACUUUUGCACAGAUUUUGUGUUGCUGCAUGGACCAUUUUGUCUCAUGUCUGCCUCUUUCCCCUUGCCUGUUUUCUGGUGGUGUGCACUCUUCUCUAGGUAGUGAUGGACCUUUUUGAUUUACUGUUUUAAGUGGCCAUCACAUUAAACAAUGGUCAUGCUCAGCCCAUCCUCUAUCUUACCACGUAUUGGGGAAUGAUUCGUCUGGCUCAGGUAUAAAGCUUGUACCUUUUGGGGAUCCAUCAAUGCAUCAGGCUUGCGCAAUCUGAUCUUUUCAGAUCUGUUUUAGCUUGCUGUCAGUUCCAGAAGAGUCACCAGCGAAGAACAUACUCAUAUUAAAAGGGUCUGUGUAAUAGAUAAUCUUACUCCAGCCCCACAAAGAUUGAGGGUCAGAUGCGUUCCUCCUGAUUGACAGUCCAUACUCCUCGUUUUGGUGAUCUGUUUUCAAGGCUGGGUCUUGGGAGUAUCAUUUAACCUCAGCACAAAUUACUUAUGCCAGCCAAAUGUUGCCUAAGUGACUUGGAAUGAUGUUGGGUUGAUUUUUUUUUUUUUUGUUUUUGUUUUUUGUCCCCCAUUUUAAUGAUGGGAGGAUAUGUACAAUGAUUCCAGGGUGGUCUGCAGUAACAUGGAGCUUGGUGUACGUUUUUUUUUGUGUGUGGUGAAACUCAAAGAAGUUGAAAGCCCUCGAUGUUGAGAAUUUCAGUUAGUAUUGAAACCAGUGAUAAAUGCCUGUCUUGCCCAAGUUGAACCUGUGAAAAUAUAUAAGGACUUGAGUAGAUUCAAGUCAGUUUGUUUCACAUGUAACAUUUGAGGGAAGGUUUGGUCCCUUGUGUGAUUGGUGGUUAUACAAAGAAACCUCUGCCGUUCAGGGAUGAUCACGAGUGAUCUCUGGUCAGUGCGAACUUGUAGAUUGUUUUUGUUGGGAGGGGAGAGAAAUGCUGUGAUGCUGUCAAAAGUUAUUUAUUAAAUACUGUGUGUUCCUCAUAAAGCUUUAUACUGUGUGAUUGGGUGAACAAAUUGAAUGCUUGGGGUGGGGUGAAGUUUUUGGUUUUACAUUGACUGAUUUAUAACAUUCUGCAGAUCUUUGAGUCCUUGUGGAAGUGGCUUUUCUGGUGCUAGUGUGUAUAUUGUUGGGACAAUCUGCAAUGCCUGUCCAUUAUCAUGCAACAGAAACAUGCAUACAGAGUUGAAGUCCUGAAACCCUGUACUGCAAAUGCUUGCUUGUAUUAAUGAGACAGUUUUCAUGAAGUCUCACCCGUCCAUUCAGUGCUUCACUAAAAUGAGUUCCAAGAGCUCCUGAUUCCACCAUUGGGGGACAACUUGGAUAAGUGAGUGUGUCCCAUUUUUGAGUAUGGUAUUUUAAUCAGUUUAAGUGGAAUACAGUAGCAGUUUGUGAUAAGACUCCAAUAUGAAUGCAAUAAAGCAUAGAAGGUCUUAAAAAAUGUAUAAGUAAAUAAUUUUUUGAAUGGCCUUUAAAGGCCAAGGUAGCUCUAAAUGGUGCGACAGGAGGGUUGUUGAAGAAACGGUGCCAAUUUCACUGACCAGCUUGAGUUGGAUCUGAAGAUAUUGUGAUGCUGGUAGAGUGGUGUUUGAGUUGAGGUCUCAAUCCAUGAACUUUGCACUCGUUCAUCCUUAAUGUAUUCUAGUUGGAAGCUUGCAUUUUGGAAUCGGAGGCUGUAACUGUCUCUUAACUACAGUGCUCAGGAUCCAUGAAAAUUAGUUUUCUGGGCCCUCAUCAGUACUCUGGAAUUCAGCUUCGUGUAGUAGGUGUUAUUAAUGGUGAGGUAACUAUGAUUUUGCCACUGAGGGCACAUCAGAGCUGUAAAGGAUGAAGGGUUUCACCAAAGACCCUGCUGUGUUACUAUUGGGUCUUGGCUCGUGGUUAUCCAAAAAUAACUGCUUCGAGGAGUGCAGAGCCCAAUGGAGAGAUCAGCAGAGGCGUAGCCCCAUCACUUGUGGCAUCGUAGACUGUUUCUUCAACUCCUCAUUCACUGAGUUCUCUGAGCCUUACUCCAGUCUGGCUGCUCCAGUUACCUUUUACUUUUGUAAUACAAUAACUUGUAUAUAAUUUCUGAUAACCUUAAUUCAGUGAAAAGGCAAAGUAUUACAAUUCCUCACAAUUAGGAGCUGUGGCUUUUUACUUUAUCCUGGGAAAUCUUUUUAUUGAGCAAUUAUUUUGUUGCCCUUGAAUUAUGUCUUCAUGGUAAAAGUGAUUAUCUAAUCAGACUGGAAUAAUGCAGCAGCCCAUGCAUGUUGAUGAUUUGUGUGCUUUGAGCUGCCUCUGGGUGUACCAAUUGAAGUACGUCGUAUAAGAUGUCAGUAGAAAGGAAUUGUGAUCAUUGUAUACAAAUUUGUAUAAAUAAAGAUGACAUAUUUUUGUACUUCAUUUAAAAUCUACUUGCAUGUCAGCAAUAAAUUUCAUACUGUAGAGAUGUUCA